AUGUCUACCCACGACGGCCUCUGCGAGAGGUUCCUCUGGCCAGCAAUCGACGCCGUGAGACAUGCGCCGCCUCACAUGAUUCUGGUUGGCAUGCUGGCCCUCCUCAUUCCUGGCUUUCUCGUCCUCUACUUUGUCCUGCACCUCGUCGCGCCCAAACCACGAGCUCCCUUGCCGUCCGAGAAGACGUACCUCACCUCGAGCCCCGACAGUGGAGGCAACAAGACGGCCCAGCUCCCAUGCUGGUACGACCGCUGGCUCGCCGAGCAGCGACGGCAGCGCCAGGCCAACGACGACGCACCCGACCUGGGCCUCAUCGAGCCCGCAGAGGUGGCCAUGAGCGUCGUGGUGCCGGCCUACAACGAGGAGGCCCGCAUACUCCCGACCCUCGAGGAGAUGGUCGAGUACCUGGACGCGCGCUUCGGCCGCGACCCGCCUGCCAAGUCGACGCAGGCUGCGCUCGUCAGCCCCACCACGCCCAAGCGGCUGGCGCUUAAGAAGCACCAGGCCGUGCCGGAACCCCUGACAGGGUACGAGAUCAUCAUUGUCAACGACGGAAGUACCGAUCGUACCGUACAGGUUGCGCUCGACUUUGCCCGCGAUCACGGGCUGCACGACGUUGUCCGAGUCGUCACCCUCGCCAAGAACCGCGGCAAGGGCGGCGGCGUCACGCACGGCUUCCGCCACGCCCGCGGCGAGUACGUUGUGUUUGCCGACGCCGAUGGCGCCUCCAAGUUUAGCGACCUGGGCAAGCUGGUUGAGGGCUGUGAGGAUGUGGUGGACGGCUCGAACCGCGGUGUUGCCAUCGGUAGCAGGGGCCACUUGGUCGGCAGUGAGGCUGUAGUUAAGCGCUCGGCCCUUCGCAACUUCCUCAUGAAGUCAUUCCACUUUGUUCUCAUGAUCUUGACCCCGCCAGCAACCUCGCGCAUCCGAGACACCCAGUGCGGCUUCAAACUCUUCAGCCGCGCCGCGCUCCCUCACAUAAUCCCGUACAUGCACUCUGAGGGUUGGAUCUUCGAUAUCGAGAUGCUCAUGCUGGCCGAGUCGGCCCCGGCAACUCCCGUGGUCGCCGCCGACGGCAGCGUCAUUGGCAUGAGCCCCGGAAUUAAGGUGGUCGAGGUGCCCAUCGACUGGCACGAGGUUGAGGGCUCCAAGAUGAACCUGAUCCACGACAGCAUCAAGAUGGCCAUCGGCCUGGCUGUGCUGAGAGCCAGCUGGAUGAUGGGGGUUUACAGGCGUCGUCUUACCUAG